AUGAACCCCCAGCUGUGGAUUACUGUGUUUUUGUUGUGUUUGGCCGGAUUUGAGGCCAAAAAGUAUUGUGGAAACAGCUUUAUUCAGCUGCAGAAGAAGGUCUGUACCUACGACAAACAAACCACGCCUUGUUUGGGUGGUGCGCAUGCUAGCCGAGACGGUAGGGAAAUUUUUUUUGAAGUUUUGGGGCAGAUUUUUUAGUUUUUGGACAUGUUAUACGAUGAAAUGUGUUUUUUGCAAAUUUUUUUGAAAAACAUGUUUCAUCGUAUAACAUGUCUCCUUUUUAAACCUCAAUGCAAAAUUAUAAAAAAUAGGGGUUUAGGCUUCAAAUUAGCUUAAGUUGGUCACUUUUAAAAAUUUCAAACCUCAUUUUUCACAAUUUUUUAAUUUUUUUUGAAAAACAUGUUUCAUCGUAUAAAGUGUAAUUUUUCGAAAAUUUUUGCAAAAAUCAUUGAAAUUAUGAAAAAUCAGCUUUUAGUAACCGAAAAAUGCUGCAAAGAAGGCUGUUCGAUUGGAGAUGUGUCUAAAACCUGUUGUUUCACUGAAUCCUGCCUAAAGAGCUGCUAUCCUGGACUGGAGUCCCAGACUGGCAAGAAGCGGAUCAACAAAAUGGGAAAUGUGUACUAA